AUGAUUCCUAUAAACAUUCCACCAAGCCUUACCAUAUCCGAAACAAGACAACUUAUAGAACUUUGUUUACACCGUUGUUAUUUCUUGUGGAACAAUGAGAUCCAUGAAUUGAAGAACUCCGGUCCUAUAGGUCUUUCAUUCAUAGUCGUAGUAGCAGAAUCUUUUAUACAACAUCAUAAAGAAAACGCUUUUAAAAUUGCAAUGGCAGUAAAUGCUCCUCUUGACCUAAAAUCCUAUCUUCGAUAUGUUGACGAUAGUCAUGCUAGAUUUUCUAACGCUCAAGAAGCAGAACAAUUCCUAAUUAUCUUGAACAAACAACACCCUCCAAUACAAUAUACAAUCGAAAUUGAAAGUGAAAAUAGAACUCUAAACUUCCUCGAUUUAACCAUAGUAAAUAACACCAAAGGUAAAUACGAGUUUAAAGUUUACAGAAAGAACGCCAUUACAAAUAUUCAAAUUAAACCUCACUCAAAUCAUGACCCCAAAAUUCUAAACGCAAUAUUUAAAGGUUACGUUCACAGAGCUUACUCUAUAUGCAGUGAUUUAUAUUUAGAAGAUGAAAUUAAUUUUAUAUUUCACGUAUUUAAAGAGAAUGGAUACAACAUAUGUCAACUUACACGCAUUGCAAACUUAAUCAGAAAUAAACGGUCCAUAAAAAGCAACAAAAUUCAAUCAGGUACUCUUAAUCUCCUUACUGUAUCAUUACCGUGGAUACCAUCACUAUCCCCAUAA